AUGACAUCUCGCAUCUCCGACUUUGCGCCGCUGAAGCGCGCGGCAACGCAAGACUCUCUCGAGCCGUGGCUCAAGAGCGUCACCGUCACCUUUGGCGCCGCCAUGAUCGUCUUCUUCAUUCCCAUUCUCAUUCUCGUGCCCCUGCGCGUGCCGCUGCCGCCGACGCUGGAGGCGCUGCUGCGCUGGGGCCCCGGCGGCGGCGAGCAGUACGAGGAGAUGAUUGGGGCCAUCUACAUCGUCUGGGGCAUCUUCCUGCUGCGCGCGUCGGCGGAUCCGUGGGGCAACGCGCUCUUCCUCGACUUUACGGUGUGGGCCAACGUCGCGCACAUUGGCCUCAUGACGCUCAUGGCCGUGGUGAACGAGGGCGACCGCAUCCAUCUGGUGGGCGACCUUCUGGGCGCCUGGCUGGUCCUGGGCCCCUUUAUAUAUGUUUGGAGCUCGGUGAAGAGAUCGCGCAAGCCUAUUUUGCAGAGAUGA